AUGCCCUAUAGAACUAAACCAUUUGUUGGUCGUAGCUUCCCCAUAUUGGACAACGCCAUUGAAUUUUACGAGAACUAUGGUCGUCGUGUUGGUUUUGAUACAAGGAAGAACGGUUCAAAGAAGGUUGAUGAUAUCACCAUAUGGUUUUACAUGGUGUGUAACAGAGAAGGUGAACAGAAAUUUAGCGAUCAACAACCCAAACGACGACGUAAAUCGAAAAAAUGUGGAUGUAAUGCUCGUGUUGCAUUCAAAUUCGAUUCUGACCGUGGUUAUCUCAUUCAACAUUUGAACGAAGAACACAACCACCCCAUGGUUUUGAUACAACACCAGAAGUUCAUGAGAUUAAAUCGUCAACUUGAUCCAGUUCACCAAAAAUUUAUUACGGAUUGUGCUGGUGCUAAUAUCGGUCCAUCUCUCACUUUCAAGCUGUUGACUGAAUUGAUGGGCGGAUAUGAGUCUGUUGGGUGUAUUGUGUUGGACAUCCGAAACUACACACGGGACAUAGGAAGAUACGCUGAAGGAUAUGACGCCCAAAUAAUAAUAGACGAGAUGAAGAAGAAGAAGAAGAAGAAGGAAAAUUGUGACGCCUUCACGUACGAGUAUGAAGUUGAUUCUCGUAGUCGGCUGAUGCAUUUAUUCUGGUGUUAUCCUAUUGCUAAGAAGAAUUUCAUGCAAUUUGGUGAUAUUGUCUCGUUUGACACUACAUACUCAACUAAUAGGUACUCUAUGAUUUUUGCCCCGUUCACUGGGAAAGGACAACCAUGGGCGCGCAUUGUCCUUUGGAGCUGGUUUGCUUUGUAG